UGCAGGGUUUUGGAGCAUUUGGAGCAUUUGGAGAACCUUCAAGCUAAAACUCCGGCCCGAGCUCAACAUUGCAAUCUGCUGGAAAGACCUGCUGCGGCUAUCGACUUCCGUUGAUGACUGACUCGCGAGCUGCACAGAGCCGCACGUGGAGCGUAGAAUAAAGAGCGCAAGGGAUCCUGACUGGUAUCAUGCACUGUCGAGCUUUUGUUUUGUUUUGUUUUUCUCGCUCGUGAUUUCUCUUUUCCCUUCUAUUUUGGGACCUUUUCGCUUUUUACCAGUGCUGAUUCCUUCAAAGUCGAGGUCUCGCUGUAAUCAUGCUGGCCCUCCAUAUCGUCCUAUACGUCCUGUUGGGCACAGCCCUGGUCUUUGCUAUCGUUGAGUUGGGCCUGACUGCCUAUGUCGCUUCUAUCUGGACUGGUGAUCGUGAGACGUACACAUGGGAUCCCUAUCAGGGUUAUGUCUACACGACUGUCCAUUAUAGCGCCCCAGGUAUUCUGGUUUUCAUCAUCUUCUCUGCCGUCUGGACUAUCCUAGUAUCUGCUGCCGCCCUUAUUCUUCCUUGGUUCUAUACUCGCAAGGGUGCUGUGACCCGCAAGUUGAACACUUUCCUCGGCGUCUCCUUCAUCGUCGUUUACUUCGUCACUUUCGUCUUCUGGCUGGCCUGCUUUGCAGAUAUCGAGGCCGAUCUCGGUGGUGCCACCAGCUACAGUGACUACCUGAACGCCGUCAUUGCCUUUGCCAUUCUCCUCUGGCUCAUCUUCCUCGCCCUGUUCAUCGUUGCCAUCCUCGCCGUAUCCGGUGUUCUAUUCUCCGACUGGGCAGGCUACCAGUCCAUGAAGAAGAGGGCAGUGGAUCCAGAGCAGCCCCAGACCUCGACGGUCCUUCCCCCUGCCCAUGAUGUGCCUAUUGGUACGACCCCAGCCCCCGUUGCUGCUUCGGAGCCGUCGGGUCGUGAUGCUGAGGCUUUGCAUAACCAGCCACCCACCAGCCAAACGUAUAGUUCGUCCUCGCCCUCGGGGGUUGCCAGUGCCGAGUUGAGCGGUGAUAGCGCCGUCCACCAUGAGAAGUAUGAUCAUCGUCCGUGAGAUCAUUCAUAAAAAUGAAUGACCGAUGAUCAACAACGACAAAAUAAUUCAGACGGGUGUUUGCUGUCUUGGGACUCCGGCUUGCGUGGUAUAGCAAGGGUCGACUUGUGUUUGGGUGGAGAGAUACCCCUUCUUUGACUUUUGAAUUGGUUAUUCUAACUAUUAAUAUGCUGUUGAUAUCUAUCGGUCAUUCUAGUUGUUAUU